GUAUUUCGCAAAUCUGUGCAAAAGAGAUGCAGAUUUUGCAAGUAAAAGACUCUAAAUAAGAUAGUAACAUGUUACCUAUCGACAACAAUGGAAAUGUAGCUCUCAGAUGGUUGAGCGCUCACUUAGCAUGCGAGAAGUUGAUUCCAUCACACUGGUGUGUGGCUAAUGGAGUGGACGGGAAGCAUAAAGUAAAUUGGCCUAAUUCACUUUAGCCUCGUGGUUAAACCAGCGACCAUACGUUCUUCAUGUAGCCCUUGCCAAAGACUAGCCUCUUCGUCAGCUUGAUGUCAAGAACGAUGGUCUACAUGCAUCAACUACCUGGUUUCAUCGACAAGUCUAAACCCGACCAUGUGUGCUUGCUUCGACGGUAACUCUAUGGCUUUAAGCAGGCCCCUGGGCUUGGUAUACUUGGUUUACUUCGGUCGCUCGACAGGUCGGUUUUCGACAAAGCCUCUACGAUAACUCUUUUUCCUUUAUGGUUCUGGUGCUACUAGGGCCUAUCUUUUAUUGUAUGUCGACGACAUUAUCCUCACGGCCUCAUCGCCGGCCUUAUUUGACAAGAUUGCCUCUCAUCUUGCUGCUGCAUUUGAUCUCACUGAUCUCGGGACUUCAUCACUUCCUCGGUAUUGCAGUCAAGUACAACAAAGUCGAUCUUCUUCUCAGCCAACAGAACUAUGCUGUUGACAUCCUCAACCGUGCCUCCAUGACAAACUGCAAUCCAUACAAUACUCCAGUUGAUACAGCCAACAAGCUUGUGGCUACGAAUAGUCCUCCGAUCUCUAACCCAUCUCUCUAUCGCAACCUUGUAGGUUGUAGACACAGGGUUUCACACAAUGAAUUUGUUUAAAGGGGGAAACAAAUUCACUUUAGAAUUCUCUCAAAGAAUCAGAUCAAAACUAGAAAUCAAAAGGGGAUUUUAGUCUCUUAAAGAACAAGCUAGAGUUUUGCUCAAGAACAAUGAAGAGGUUGAAUUAUUGUAUUAAUUGCUGGAUUCAUUACAAUGAAGGGAUUUCUCCUUUAUUUAUAGGCUUUCCUAGAUUACAGAAUAUAACUACUUUCCUAAUUGACUUGCCCAAGAUUAGGAAAGUUUCUUCUUUUUUGCUAGGUCAGCCGCCGGGCGACCUGAGUGGUCGGCUCCUUGCAUUCGAACUGGGCUUUUGACUCUAUUGGGCCUUCAUUCGAAGGCUUUCAUCCAACAGUGAAUAAAAUUCUCGGUUUAAAUAACUGGUUUAACUUAUUGGUUUAGAUCGGUAUGAUAGGGGUGCCAAUUCCCGACCAACAAUUGGUCCCCCCCCCCAAUUCGGUAUAUUCGAAAAUCAAUUCGAAUGUUCGAACUAUAGGAAGAGAAUAUUUGAUCUAAACUAUAAGGAAAACAAAUUCAAUUUACCCGGAUUUUGCGCACCGUUUCACCAUCCAUUGCUAACUUGACACAUGUCGCACGCGUCGCUUCAAUCAGUUCGGAAGCUGAAAAGUCGCGUAGGUUGAGUAGGUCAUUAUGACUCCGCGUAGGGUUGCCGCCCACUCGCUUCUAUAAAUAUCCAACUCCCCUCUUCAUUUUCACUUUUUGCCAAACCGUUGAAGGUAUUUGCUCUGUUUUCUCUCUUCUUUUUGCAUCUAUUAUAUAUUUAUUUUUCUGAAUUUCCUUCCACACUCUUCGGCGACCUGCUAUGGCCAACAUCCCGGCUCCCGUUUCCUCGUAUGGUACGGAGGGCGACCAACUAAUCCACCGAAAUUCCAAACAAAAGCUUCCUUAGUCUGUUCGAUCGGACCGCGGUAAGAGGGAAACGCCGAACAUUCUUCAGAUCCCAGAUCGGACGAAGCCCCUUCCCUGGAGAUUCUGCCCCUGACCGGUGAGGCGGGUCACAUGAAUCGUGGUAAUGCUGAAACGGCUUCCGGCCUGCCUUUGGACGAUCUGAACGAAGAAGAAUCUAGAUUUGUAUCAGGCAGGGUCAUGAUAGAAGAAAUCCCUCCAAGUCUUGACCAUCGAGAUCGGAUUGGAGGCGAAAAGUAGUGUCAAGUCCGUUCGUACGAUGCUGAAUUCAUGUGGCCUCAAUAAUUGCGGUGUCUUAUCAUCUCUGGAGAGCAUCAACGUCCAUGGAACCCACCCAAAGGGUUUAUCUGCUUAUACGAGGGUUUCUUCACUCAGUGUCGAUUAUGGUUUCCCCUCCCGAGUUUGCUUACUCGAUGCACCCUUCGACGCCAAAUCUCGAUCUGUCAACUCACUCCUGGAAGUGUUUGUAAUUUCGUCGCAGCCCUCACUAUUUCUGCCAAAGCCGGGAUUUACAUCGGUGUUGAAUGCUUCGAGCAAUUAACAAAUUUCAAAAACUCAUAAGGGAAUCCUUCAUGGGUAGUUAACAUGAGGCCGGCACACAAUUUCCUUCCGGGUGAAAAAGUCAGUAACUUCAAGAAGUGGGCUGCUCGCUAUUUCUUUGUCCGAGUAGAUGACCGUUCCUUUGAGAAUCCGAGAUGCGGCAGGCGAAGAGUGCGGAAUAACUCACCUGGCCGCCCCCCUUUAGCUCAUAAAUUAGCUCCUGAAUUCAAGCUAGUCAGGGACACAAUCUUCGCAGGGGUUGAUUGCAGGUGGGAUUGCAUUACCAGACGACGCGUUGAAGAAGCUAUGGGGAAAGCCAAAACUAGCUUUUCGAGUUUUGCUAGCGAGCUAGGCCAAUCAUCCAGGCCCCUAGUGACCAUAAGUGCUGACGCUAGUGGACUUCAAUCUAUCAAUCCGAAUAGCGAGCAUGUCAUCGACCUCGACUCAGAGCAAGUGGAGAACGAGUUUGUUGAUAUCAAAAACUUCGACGAUAGUCAGGUCGACCCUGACCCAAACCAUGGAAAUCCAUCUCCCGAUGAUCCGCUUCAACCCCCACAGGUCGAAUCCGUUGUCCCUGAGCAGCGCGCUCCCGAGCUGAGUAGAGGUGCCAGAAAGAAGAAAUCCAGGAGGGACAACAAGGAUAAAGGAAAAGGCAAAAGCUCCGAUCAAAAACAAAUCGGAAACGUUAUGCAGACGACGCCGAGCUUGAAACCUACGAUCAUUUUUGAGUAAAGUGAGCGAAUAACCGAUCUUACCAAUUCGCCUUUGAUUACUUCGGGGAUGGUCCUCUCGUUUGCAACCAGGCAGCUGCUGAAGAACUCUGCAGGAAUCUGAAGAUAUCCUCGGUCAUCCUGCCACCGGUAGACGAGCUGGAAUUUCCUGAAGAAUUCCUCAAGGUCGCCCAAUCUGCACUUCAGACCGCCGCUUACGCCAGUUCUUUGGCCCUGGCAUACGACAGGCGAGUGAUAACUCUCUAAUUUGCAUGAUUUUAACAUCCUUUUUUAU